CAGCAAGAGGGCACUUACGUCUUUUUAACGGACACAAACCGCACUCAGCUAUAAAAUCUCAGUCCACUUCCGAAACGGCGGUCUCCGGUCAGUCUCCAAAAGGCGCCGAUUCCGCUCCCGGGAUCUGACCCACACUCCCUCCGAGCAGUCAGUGUCAUCUGACCCACCCGUGAUACACGGGAAAGAUACUAUAUUCGGUACUGUUCGUGUAUAUAUACAGGAAAAGGUGGGGCCUUUGGGAGUGUCGGAGAGCUGCAAUGGAGAGCAGCAAUGGAGAAGCAGCAAUGGAGAAGCAAAGGAAGGAUAUACACCUUUUCUACUGUGUAGAGUCGGAAGAUCUCGCUCGUAAAGUCGCUGCUCAAUCCGACUGCAUUCAGCUCCAGUCUAUAAAUUGGAGGAGCUUUGAUGAUGGAUUCCCGAACCUUUUCAUUAACAAUGCACAGCAUAUCAGAGGCCAACAUGUUGCUUUCCUGGCUUCUUUCAGCUCCCCCUGUGUCAUUUUCGAGCAGAUCUCUGUCAUAUUUGCUUUGCCGCGACUGUUUGUUGCUUCCUUUACAUUGGUUUUACCAUUCUUUCCAACUGGUUCGUUUGAACGCAUGGAAGAGGAAGGAGAUGUAGCAACUGCCUUUACCAUGGCACGGAUACUGUCAAAUAUACCCAUAUCAAGGGGCGGUCCCGCUAGUUUAGUCAUCUAUGAUAUACAUGCUUUGCAGGAAAGAUUUUAUUUUGGGGAUCAUGUUUUGCCUUGCUUUGAAACUGGAAUCCCGCUGUUGAAACAACGCCUUCACCAGCUUCCUGAUGCUGACAAUAUAUGCGUGGCGUUUCCAGAUGAUGGAGCAUGGAAGCGAUUUUACAAGCAGUUGCAGCAUUUUCCCAUGGUUGUUUGCACUAAGGUUCGUGAAGGCGAUAAGAGGAUUGUUCGUCUUAAGGAGGGGAAUCCUGCCGGUCGCCAUGUUGUCAUUGUCGAUGAUCUGGUGCAGUCCGGAGGGACACUUCGUGAGUGUCAGAAAGUUUUGGCUGCUCAUGGCGCAACAAUGGUAAGCGCUUACGUCACUCAUGCCGUGUUUCCUAAGCAAUCAUGGGAGCGAUUUACACACGAAAAUUCCGAAGGCUCAGACAAGGGCUUUGCUUACUUUUGGGUCACAGAUUCCUGCCCUCUUACUGUGAAGGCCAUUGCCGGCAGGGCUCCUUUCGAGGUGCUGAGUCUUGCAGGAUCCAUUGCAGAUGCCCUUCACAUCUGAAGCUUGUGGGGCCACUUCUGUUACAGCGGCAACAGCAGCUGAUGGACCAAUCAGAGAAUUUCAGGUGGUGGCUCAUUCAAAACAAUCAUUUUGGUAGAAAUGCAUGUGGACUAAAACACUAGAUUAUGUAUUUUUAAUUGAAAUAAUCUAAAAGCUAUUAUGGAUAUUUGAACUAUAUUAUCUACUUGUUAGCUGAUUUGUAUCUUGGGGCAUCCAAGCCUUUCAAUGGUUUUAUUUUCA